GCCUUACCCAAAUCCACAGAAAAGGGACCUCUUCCGAUUUGAUCACUGUUUCUGAAGCAUUCUACCUUCUACUUCAAAAUGACUACAGUCAAUAUUUCGAAGGAUAAUAAAACAACACUUUAUAUAAAUGGUCUUGAUCAACAAGUAACAGAACAAACACUGCAUGCUGCUUUUAUCCCUUUCGGUGAAAUAGUUGCUGUUCAAAUACCACUCGACAUUUCUAGAAACAUAAACGGUGGAGGAAAUCGACAUAAAGGUUACGGCUUUGUUGAAUUUGAAACGAUUGAGGACUGUGAAGCAGCCAUGGAUAAUAUGCAUUUAGCGGAACUAUUCGGUAAAGUGAUAAAAGUACAGCUAGCGAAACCACAAAAUAUUACAGCAACAUCGCAUCGUGCAGUUUGGACGGAAGAAGCAUGGUUGCAAAAAUAUGCUAAUCCAGAAAAUAUAGAUAAGAAUAAUAACAAUGAUGGAGAAGGCACUCAUAUAGAAGAUAAUAAUAAUGACAAUGAGAGCGACACCGAACGAACGACAUCAAAACAAAGCAGAGGCGCCGUUGGCAAAUCAGUAGGUAAAAGGUCACGCGUGUAUUUGGAUAUACAAAUUGGUGGAUCAUUAGCUGGACGAAUUGAAAUCGAAUUGAGAGGGGAUGUAGUACCAAAAACAGCAGAAAACUUUCGGGCGCUAUGUACAGGCGAAAAAGGGUUUGGAUAUAAAGGUUCUGUGUUUCAUCGCAUCAUUCCACAAUUCAUGUGUCAAGGUGGCGAUAUAACAAACGGUAAUGGUACAGGUGGUAAAUCCAUUUAUGGUGGAAGAUUUGCAGAUGAAAACUUCACUUUAAAGCAUACUAGCCCUGGUAUAUUGUCUAUGGCAAAUGCUGGCCCCAAUACAAAUGGAAGUCAAUUCUUUAUUUGUACGGAAAAAACCACUUGGCUAGAUGGAAAGCAUGUUGUAUUCGGUCAAAUCACAUCGGGUCUAAAUGUAGUACGUGAAAUGGAGAAUUGCGGAUCAUCUGGUGGAAAGCCAAGCAAGCGUGUUACAAUUAUUGAUUGCGGAGAGCUGUAAUAAAGAAUAGCUGAGGGUGAGCAUUUCUCUCUUUAUUAUAAUAUAACAAAGUGUAUUGUUUUUUUUAUGGCCAUAAAGUAAGGCUAAACCUUAGAAUAUAACCUUCAUCAAGGCUUAUUUCUCAUGGAUUUUGAUUUAAGUUUAAUAAUAU